AUGGCGCAAGUAACACAUGUCCAUAAGAAAUAUGACACAACGCACUCGCUCUCCGAUUGGAAGAAUAUUUACAUUGUCUCCGUGUUCGCCUUCCUCGACGCAUUCCAGUUUGCAUUUUUCGUCUGGACAUUUUGGCCGUAUGUGCAACAGCUCGAUCCAACCAUCUCCGCCUCGUUCGUCGGAUUGAUUAUGGCAGUUUCAGGGGUUGGAGAAGCAGUGGCAGCACCAGUGCUCGGAUGGUGGAUGAACAAGACCGGAAUGGUUGUGCCACCUAUACUCGCAUCUAUUGUAUUGACAGUGAUUGGGAAUGUGAUGUAUAUCACUUUGAAUGCAUGGCCAGUGCAUUUGAGAUCCACCGGGUUGUUGGUGUCGAGGUUUUUGAAUGGAGCCGGAAGUGGAAACCGUGGGUGCUACUUGGCCUACAUCGCUGCUGCCUCUGAUACCUCCGAUCGGGCAAAGUCCAUGGGAAUGUCUGGUGGAGGAGCUCUUAUCGGCCUCAAUGUCGGACCAGCUAUCCAAAUUAUGUUCACCUGGAUUGGUGACGGAUGGAAUCUAGGAUUUAUGCAACUUUCUAUGUAUACCGCCCCUGCCAUUCUUGCACUGGUUAUUAACGCUGCAUGCGUCCUGAUCCUACUCUUCUUGCUCGACGACAACAUCGACCGUUUCAACCCCGAAGAUGCCGACACCAAUUCGGCUCUGUCGAUUGCUGCCGCAAAUGAUUCGGAUUUGGAACGAAACCAAGUAGAGACAAAUCGUCUUGACGUCAUCGCCGUGACUGUCUGUAUGACCACUCGCGCGGCUCGCAUGUUUAUGACGGCUAAUGUUGAGAGCAUUGGGGCCCCAUUCUCGGAACUCAUGUUCAACCUCGACAACAAAGAAGCUUUAACCUACAACUCAGCCAUGCAAGGCGUUCUUGGCAGCCUGACUGUCGUGAUGUUUUUUGUCUACUCGAUGACUCCCUACACCAAAUGGGUUUCGGAGAGGUUGAACUGUUACGUGGCUAUGGUGUUCCUCUUGAUUUUCCAUUUGAUAACGAUGUCUUGGCCUUUCCUUCCUGGUCAUUUGGAGAGCUGUGAUCGUUUUAUGGGAAACGGGACUCACGGCUGGGACUGGUGUACCUCUCUUAAGCCUAUCAACAUGUGGGUCUACUACGUCUCUUACGCCCUUGUCUACGGUAUUGGACUACCCUGCCUGAACAACUCGCUCCAAUCCCUGUAUUCUAUGGUUCUCGGAAAAGGACGACAGGGUCUUAUGCAAGGUGUCAAUCAAGCUGUCGGAUGUAUCUCCAGAAUCCUUGGACCCAUUGUGAUGAGCACUUCAUUCUCUUCCUACGGCCCUCAAGUUAACUGGUUGAUCGAGAUCGGUCUGAUCAGUAUCUUCAUUGUUAUGUGGACGGGUACCUACCGUAGAUUGGUACCUGGAGGAUAUGUCGUCAAGAAAAGGGUUAUUCAACUCGCCGGAAAGGGCAUCGCCAACCCGGUGGAUUCGGGUGAUUCGGAUAGCUACGACUCGAAAUCUACCAUCUCGGAAAUCCUCCCAGGAGAAACGCUUGAACAAGAAUUAGAGCGCAUCAACCGCAAACUAUCUGAAAUUUCACAAAAGUCUGGAAAGGAAAACCAGACUACCCUC